GUCACUUUACUGUCAACAUGUUGAAGCUCAGACCUGCUGCUCUGCUGCUCAGACCUGCUGCUGCUGCUGCUGCUGCUGCUGCUCAGCCUCGUGCGCGCCUCUCUACCGGCCCCCAGCAGGAACACUCUACCUUCUAUGAGUUCCGCACCUACUGCAUCCGACCGGACCAGAACGCCGCCUUCCUCAAGCUGACCAAUGAGAAGAUCCACCUGCGCACCGCACACUCCGAGCUGAUUGGCUACUGGAGCGUUGAGUAUGGCGGCCUGAACAAGGUGUUCCAUAUAUGGAAGUAUGACAGCUUCUCUCAGCGGGCAGGUGUUCGGGCGGCUCUGGCUCAGGACCCCUCCUGGAUCUCCGAGUACAUCUCCAAAGCCAUACCGAUGCUGACGUCUCAGGACAACGAGGUCACCUACCUGGUUCCUUGGAGCCGCCUGCAGAAGCCACCGCGUGAUGGUGGUGUGUACGAGCUGGCGUCCUUCCAGAUGCGUCCUGGUGGUCCAGCGGUUUGGGGCAACGCCUUCCAGGCCGCCAUCACCGCCCAUGAUGCACCGGGGUACGGCAAGUUGAUGGGAGCUUUCCACAGCGAGUUUGGACCGCUAAACAGAGUUCACGCCCUCUGGUGGUUCGAGAGCGCUGACCAGCGGGCUGAAGUUCGACACAAAGCUCACACUGACGCCAGAGUGGUCGCUGCAGUCAGAAACAGUGUCGUCCAUCUCGACUCUCAGAGGAAUCAGCUCAUGUUUCCGUGUCCUUUCUCGCCCAUGAAGUAACCUCCGGUCCUGUGUUUCCAUGGCAGCAACGGAAGGUUCAGCUGAUGUUAAACUUGACCCUUGUGAGCUUCUGCAGUUCUGUAUUUACAGUCACAUGACAUUCUGUGAGGAUGCUGAGGAGCCAUUGCUAACUGAAGUCAACUCUUAACACCGUAAAGUGUUUAAGUGACAGUGGCGGCAUCCAAUCCUGAGGUGUGCAUGCUGGGUUGAGCGGGGCAUAAAGUCGAGCUCUGCUGAUAGAAAACUGAUUUGUUCCUUCUGCUAAAACUGUCUAAAUAAUAAACUGAGACGGUGCACUCAUGUUUGGGAGGAAAUAUUCCUUCUCUGUUUCUCUUCUGUUUUAAUUUCAGUGUUUAGAUCUCAACUUUAUUAACUAGGAAACGCCAUGAAAUGACUUGAAAAUGUAAUUUUAUAUCAUGAUUUGGGUCUGUGGGUUGGUGUAUUUCUAUUGGCUCUGUAGGUGCCUCCUUAGGGUGACCAGGAACACCUGGUUUAAGAAAUAAAACAUUUCCUAGCUGACAACUCUUGGUUUUACCAGAGCCAUGUCAUAAAUUCAAUUCAAUUUUAUUUGUAAAGCACAGUUUACAACAUAUGUCAUCUCACAGUGCUUAACAUAGUAAUGUGAAGACCUUGGGGGUGGGGUAGGGGACAGCAGAUGGAGAGCAGCUAUAGGCCAGCAAUAGAGGCAGCUGGCUGCAUGUUUUUGGACUGUGGGAGGAACCUGGAGAGAACCCACGCUGCACUGGGAGAACAUGGAGACUCCACGCAGAAAGAUCCCGGGUGUCCUCACUGGGGAUCUUCUGGCUGCGAGGCGACAAUGCUAACCAAUUGCGAGUAUUUACUUAGAUUUUUCCUAUUUUAUCUGGUGCGUCUCCCUUUUGUUGUGGCCACCUGAGCCAUGUCAUAACCAAUGGGGGCCUGUCCGGGAUGGUCACAUGCAUUUCAAUCCUGUUGGUGGGUUUUUGUUUCAAAGCAUUAAAUUCAGUUCUGAAACUGUAGUGACAAUAAUCCUAAAUCAAUAAAAACAAUCUAUUUCAUA